CGACCACCCCAGAUUCGACUCGAGCACCGUCCGUUCGUCUUCAACGUUUAAGAUUUGCAACAGCAGUGAGUAUCCUUUUCUCUAGUAUCAAGUCCAGCGGACACCUAGUUUAAGUCUACUCUACAGCCAGAUGGCUUCGCAAAACCCCACCCCGUACCCCUUCCAAUUCGACACCUCCGAGCACAUCGAGACACACCACAACGGGAGUUCUGAAGACACCACAAUAAUCCUCACAAAUGUCUGCGGGCGCAUCCCCUCAGCACAAGCUUCGCGUCUACGCACAAUGUGGCUGGAGGCCCAUCGAGAUCCUACGAAGAUAAUAGCGCACCCUUGCGGCUACGACGCUCUGUCUUCGCGACUGAUCGAAGAAGCUGGCUUCCCUAUGAUCUUCGUAUCCGGAUUCGCUGUGGCGGCAUCUCAUGGUCUCCCAGACACGGGCUAUAUUGCUAUGGGCGAGAUGUCCAGCAGGAUCCAGGAAAUAGUCCGUGUCACAAGUGUACCUAUCAUGGUGGAUGGAGACACGGGGUAUGGGAGCCCGAUGAACGUGCGACGCACUGUGGAGUGUUUUGCUGCUGCAGGCGCAGCAGGUGUAAUGAUCGAGGAUCAGACAUGGCCGAAGAGAUGCGGUCAUACAAAGGGCAAAUCGGUUGUGUCGAGAGGCGAGGCAUACGCUAGGGUCCAAGCUGCGGUUGAUGCGCGUAACCAGGGACAGGACAUAUUUAUCCUAGCGAGAACGGAUUCCUUGAUCCACGGAUGGGAUGAGGCUAUGACUCGUGCGAAAGAGUUUAAGAGGAUUGGAGCAGACGGUGUGUUCGUCGAAGCAUUACCCGAUAGGGAAGCCAUGAGAAAUUGCAUCAAGGAGUUGGAUGUUCCUAUGUUGGCUAACAUAAUUGAGGGUGGGAAAUCCGAGAACUUGUCGGCUAAGGAGCUGGCAGAAUUGGGAUUUGCAGCUGUGGCAUAUCCAUGGACGCUGGUUGCAGCAAGACUACAGAGCAUUCGCGAGGCUCUGGAUGGGUUGAAGCGCAGUUUUAUGACUGGAGCUCCUCCUAUGGUUCUUGGAUAUUCGGAAGUGUGUGAAGGUGUUGGGUUCAAUAAGUAUUGGGAUAUGGAGCCAAGGUAUGAGUACGAUGAUGAAGGACUUGUGAGUCCUCCGAGCGAGAACAUGUCAUGACACGAUCCGCUCGAUGCCUCUGAGGUGCUGUACUGGGCAGUAAGCACCUCCGCGUAUCGCAUCUAAUGCAAGGAUGCACAAUAUGAACCAGUAAAUAGCCGGUAGUGUCGGACACUGAUACGUCGAAGCAAAUGAUGUCAUCCGAGCCAUACCUACACCGUCGAAGAUCUGUAGGCACAUCAAAGCUGAUGGCAAUUACCAGAAGCAGUUAAAUCCUCGAGAAUGGCGCCGAUGGCUAGGCUCGGUGUUAAGCUGAUCGGACUAAACAGCCAUAGGC